GUAUAUAGUUGCAGAUAUAGGAGCACAUACACAUACAGUUAUGAUAUGGGUUAAUCAUAAGUUUUUUGUGUUUUGGUUUUUUUUCUGGAAGGGCACAAGACAUUGUUAGUAGCGGUGAAGUAAGAAGCAGCUGGUUAUUGAGGGAAGGAGACUCGAUCUGAAAGAUGCCACGUUCCUGCAGCCUCUCUGAGUCCAGCAGAACACAGUCUCAUUCGAUGUGGCAUGGAUGAGGGGGUGACAGAGGAUGCUGCCCCCACUGAAGCCUCCAGAGGAGCCUGGCCUGGCAGCUGAGCUCCCCUCGGAUUCAGGACUGCAGGUGUAACUUGGUGUAGAGCUCAUGGAAGGGCCCUGGGUUUCUCCAGCUUUCUGCACUGAUGCUCACCAGGCUGGUUUGGGUUGCAGAAUCUAAGGUGAGCUGGUAGAAAGGGGAGCUGGUGGAGGCAGAAAGAAGCCCCUGUUAGCCUCCGGAAUCCACUGUUGGAAUCCCUUCAUUCUGGUCAGGACACAGAGCAGCUACCAAGCUGCCAGAGGCUGUGCUGCAACUGAGCUUCGGACCUCGUCAGUGAAGGAACACAGCUUAGCAAAAGCAUUUCAGCCCGAAGCAACUUCUGUUAACAAAGGAUUUAAAGGGGAGAGUUUCUGCACCUUUACUUUGUGGUCCAUUAUGAUAGAAAACUUUACAUUCACAUGGAUAAUGAGACUGGUUUCUCUUUCCAAGAUGCUACCUUUGAAAGAAGCAUGAGCCAUUCUGAGUGUGGAGGAGGGCUUGGGAUACGCAGGAGUUGGUGGACAGCCCUCCCAGUGCAGGUCAAGAAAACAGCAUGAGCCUCCAACUUCUGCAGCUCAGCAAGCAUGGACAUGUGCCACCCUUGUCUCCAGAGAGCUGGUAACAGUGACAUCACCGCGAGAAAAAGCAUCCCUCAGCCUCAGAACUUGACAGAAUGAAGUGUGCUGGGGAAGCCACUAGCUGGGACUUGGCCUUUCCUGACUGCCCUUCAGUCACACGGGCAUCGCCUGACCACCACUGAGCCGACAAUGGCCGAGAAGGGUGACUGCAUUGCCAGCGUCUACGGGUAUGACCUUGGUGGGCGCUUCGUUGACUUCCAACCCCUGGGCUUUGGGGUCAAUGGGCUGGUGCUGUCAGCCACGGACAGCAGGACCUGCCGGAAGGUGGCUGUGAAGAAGAUCACCCUGAGCGACGCCCGCAGCAUGAAGCAUGCACUGCGGGAAAUCAAGAUCAUCCGGCGCCUGGACCACGACAACAUCGUGAAGGUGUACGAGGUGCUUGGGCCCAAGGGCGCCAGCCUGCAGGGCGAGCUGUUCAAGUUCAGCGUGGCCUACAUCGUGCAGGAGUACAUGGAGACCGACCUGGCCCGCCUGCUGGAGCAGGGCACGCUGGCGGAGGAGCACGCCAAGCUGUUCAUGUACCAGCUGCUCCGCGGCCUCAAGUACAUCCACUCGGCCAACGUGCUGCACAGGGACCUGAAGCCCGCCAACAUCUUCAUCAGCACGGAGGACCUCGUGCUCAAGAUUGGGGACUUCGGGCUGGCGAGGAUCGUGGAUCAGCAUUAUUCACACAAGGGUUAUCUGUCAGAAGGCCUGGUAACAAAGUGGUACCGCUCACCACGCCUGCUCCUCUCCCCAAACAAUUACACCAAAGCCAUCGACAUGUGGGCCGCCGGCUGCAUCCUGGCUGAGAUGCUCACGGGGAGAAUGCUCUUUGCAGGGGCUCAUGAGCUGGAGCAGAUGCAGCUCAUACUAGAGACCAUCCCUGUGAUCCGGGAGGAAGACAAGGAUGAGCUGCUCAGGGUGAUGCCUUCCUUCGUCAACAGCACCUGGGAGGUGAAGAGGCCCUUGCGCAAGCUGCUCCCUGAAGUGAACAGUGAAGCCAUUGACUUUCUGGAGAAGAUCCUGACCUUUAACCCCAUGGAUCGCCUAACAGCUGAGAUGGGGCUACAGCACCCCUACAUGAGCCCGUACUCAUGCCCCGAGGAUGAGCCCACCUCACAGCACCCCUUCCGCAUUGAGGACGAGAUUGACGACAUCCUGCUGAUGGCCGCCAACCAGAGCCAGCUCUCCAACUGGGACAGGUACCCCGUGAGCCUGUCGUCAGACCUAGAGUGGCGGCCCGACCGGUGCCAGGAGGCGAGCGAGGUGCAGCGCGACCCGCGCGCGGGCUCGGGCGCGCAGGCGGAGGACGUGCAGGUGGACCCGCGCAAGGACUCGCGCAGCAGCUCCGAGCGCUUCCUGGAGCAGUCGCACUCGUCCAUGGAGCGCGCCUUCGAGGCCGACUACGGGCGCUCCUGCGACUACAAGGUGGGGUCGCCGUCCUACCUGGACAAGCUGCUGUGGCGGGACAACAAGCCGCACCACUACUCCGAGCCCAAGCUCAUCCUGGACCUGUCGCACUGCCCCCAAUUCGACCUGGACGUGUUCAUCUCCCGAGCCCUGAAACUCUGCACCAAGCCCGAAGACCUGCCAGACAAUAAACUGGGCGACCUCAACGGCACUUGCAUCUCCGAGCACCCUGGAGAUCUCGUGCAGACCGAGGCCUUCUCCAAAGAAAGGUGGUGAGGGCGGAGGGGGAGCUCCGGCACCCCUCCCCGCCGGGGGCCACCCAGGAAAGCCGGGCCUGGCCGGAGGAGGCAGCCUCCCUGGCAACUCCAUCGUCCUGGGGGUUAGCAGAACACAGGAAGGAUCCGAGGAUCAAGAGGAAUGUUCAUUUCUUAAACUGCCUUAAUAACUAGCCUUUAACCUCUGGGAGCAGGUUUGAACAGGAGCCUAGUUUGGGGGUUGAUCACUCCCCCAGCGUUUUAUAAGUGGUGGCCUGCAGGGAGGAAACGUGUCUUAGACAGCAGUCGGCAGGCCCUCCCUGGGCGGGUAGAAGUAGAACAAUCUUGCAGGCAUGGUGUUGAAACCAAGUGGCCCAAAUAGCCUCAACUGACAGAUGAGGAAAGAGUGAGAACCAGAGAAGCAAAGUCUGCCAGUGUCAGGGCAAAGCCUUGAACCCCAGUCUCCAGGCCCCCAGACCAGUGUCUGUCCACUUUAUAAUGUCUUCCUCUGCUGGGGUCGCACUGGCUUUUCAGUCAGAAAAGUUAGUCCAAGAUGUAUCUUCCCUGUUCAUUACCACCUGACCUAUUCCAUGUUCUUUUAUUCUGAGCGACGUUUUGUGCAUUCUGAAAUUGGAAACUGAGCCAGUUUCUUUUCCUAGUCAAGCAUUUUUUUCUGGUGCCUCAAGUACAUCGGUUUUCUCAUUUGCACAUCUCUGUAUUUGCCUCACUCCUGCAUGAUCUGAAAUGUUGGUUUAGAUCAGAUCAGUUUUGGGUCUGUGGGUAAAACAACUCAUUCUCCCAGGCCUGUGCACACACCUCCUCCAGAACUCCUUUUGCACUUUCCUGACACAUGCGCAGACACAGACACAGCCCUAGUUUCCAAGGGAUGUCAUAUAUGGGUGAGUUUGAAGAUAGCAAUUCCACAAAUCCCUCCAGAGACCCCACACUCCCACACUGAAUGAGGUGCUCGCCAUAGAGCAGAUAUGUUGGAGAGAAAAUUUCAGAUGGGUCCUAUCAGGUUUCAUUAACACUGCCCUGAUUUUCAUCAUUGAUUUAGCCCUGGCAAACAGCAGGCCCUAAAGAAGUGCAUUGGAGAGCAAGUGACCUGGGGACAUGGAAUCCAGAAAAGUGGGAAGGUGUGAAAGGUGGGAUCCCAACAGUGAGGGCACCUAGGGUCAAGCAGCAGCACAGAGACCUCAUGACAAAGGAGGCAAUCAUGCCCCUCCUAGUUUAGGCCAGGAUGAGUUUGGAGCAUGCAAACCCAGAGAUGCACUCGCACGUAGAGCCUGGGUGAUGGUGUGUGGGCACGGCAGCUCCUCUGCAGAAGCAUAGUCAAGGCCCCUGGAAUGCUGUGCCAUUUCCAUCACUGGUGUUCAGCUCCACCCCAGCCCCAUCCCCAUCCCCAACCCCAGCCUGCCCAGAGACGCCCACAGGAAGUCUAGCCACUCUAAGCAGAGGAUUCCCCAGUCUUGGUUUUGGCUGUGUUCACCCUCACCUCAACAGCACCUUAAAUCUAAUCAGCUAACUAGGAUUUGUACAUUGAAACCUGCAACAUAGUAGAAACUUAUAUUUAAAAACAGAAUUAAUCACGCUGACCGAUUUUUAAAUGGAAAAUAUGUAAAUAUGAAGUAUUUGGGGUUUAUUUUAUUUUAUUUUAUUUUAAAGAAAAGGAAAUGUACACUGCUCCUCAUGUGCCAUUUGUCCUCAGAGGGUGGCUUUACAUUUUUGGUAAAGGAACAAGCUGCUGACCUUGACCAGAAGUUCAUAUAUAUAAUUGUUAUUACAGAGGAAUUGUUAUUACUACUCAUGUUUUAAAAAAAUCUAUUAAGCGUUAUUAAACUUGAUCAGGACGGGCCAAAUAAAGUUUUAUUGGAACAUGGA